AUGUUCUCUCCCUUACGACGUCCUGGAGACUAUCAGAAUCACGCAGCCAACACGCCUGCUACACCCAGAGGGUCUUCAUCGCCCUUGAAUGCUCUUUCACCCAUUGCUGAUGCUGUCCGUCAUGCCACCAAAGAAGGAACGAGAGAUUGGCACCGUAUGCUUGGAUCUUUUUCUCAAUGGACGCAACCCUAUUCUUCUGAGCGUCAGGAACAACGCCAGCGAUCUCAACGAUCAGAUACAAGCAUGACCAAAGAGCAAGAUUCCUUUACAGAUGCAGCAGAGAGCAGCACUUCUCUUACACCUGAUCUUGAGCGUCAUUCCAUAACAGCAGCUAGCCAUAGUCGAUAUCGUGAGCAGCAGCAGCAGCAGCAGCAACGUCCACCUGUACAAUACCGUGAAUCACUUUUUGGAUCGCCACAGCGUUCAGUCAUUUCAGCUGCAGCUUCAACACCAUCCCUUGAUCGCAGCUCUCUUUUACCUCCUUCUUCUCUUACACCAAGCUCCACACGUUCCGCAUCCAUAGUUGAAGAUGCAACAAGUCAACAUCUACGCCCAUAUGAAGAUGAUGAAGAACAUGUAUCCAUGGCUUAUCGGUCACCAUCAAGAAGCAUCUCAUCCCGAUCAAGGGCUUCAUCUUAUAAACGACAUGUUAUGCGACGAGCAUCUUCAUCAUUCGAUUCAGUCAAACGUUAUUCAGAUACAUUAAAUCGAGGUCGUCUCGACGAUGAAAUUCACCGGCUUGAUCAGCUACAAAGAAGACUUGAUACAAUCCAACAAGUGUCAUCUGAAUUGGCCGUUGUGACCCGAGAUGCAGCUAAUGAAAUCAGAUCCUCCAAGAGAGCUUCACCAUCCAUUGAAUCAUCAUCCAAACAGAGAAGGAUCUUGGAUGACCACGCUAUUGCUACGCCCAGACGAUGGUCUUCACGACGAUCCACUAUGGCAACAGAAGAAGAACGACCAUCUCGUCCAGAGGAAUACGAGCCCUUCACAUUGACUUCUCCUAUAUCAUCGCCUUUGCAAUCAACACGUAACAUGACACCUAUGCAUGAAUCACCCACCCCAUUGUCUCGACCAUCCUAUGCCUCUGUUGCUGCACGAUCGACACCACUUUCACAAAAGAUGUCUGAAAACAAAGCAUCAAGCCCCAUAAAGAGGCCUACGAAUACUAGUACUACCCGGUCUCGUGGCAACGACACUCCCAAUCAACUUUAUCGCAAUGUUCUAAGUGAUAUCACCAAGGCCAAAUUAAGACCCACAGCGACUUACAGGAGGGCCAGUGGUACCAAUAUCCGAAAUCCAUUCUGGGAGGAAAUUCAAGCUGCCAAGGCACAUCAACAAGACUCAAAUACCACACCCAUACGGCGUGAUGCAACAUCAUCAGCACGACGCGCAUCGCGUGGACCCAGCUCAUCAUACACAACACGCACUCCAGUUACAUAUACAAAUUGGGAGGAAGAGGAAGAUGAUGAAUAUUGGCCUCGACCACGACGGAUCACAGAAAAGCUGAUGAGCUUGGCACAAGAAGAUAAGGAAGAAAGAGAAGCUGUCAUGAGGACACCGGGAUCCUUGGGUGAUGAACUUGAACAUGCUAUGCGUAAAUCCGAAUUGGAAGAGCGUCAACGUGAACGUGCAAAAGCAGAAUCGAUGGCAUUUAGUUUGGACCCUUUGGAUGAUCAACGAUCACAAGAAGAUAAACCAGCACAAAAUGGUAUCCAGCGUAUCGAUGGCGACGAAUGGAUGUUUGAUGGUCGUCAAUACAUGGUAAAUGAAAAGAAGACAUAA